GUAUCGGUUGCAAUUUAUCAUAAUGAAGAAUUGUGUAUACGCGUAGGAGGGAAAAAUAUAAGGGGUGGGGUCGUUGUUAGGGAGAGAGAGAGAGGAGGAGAGAGAGAGUCAUAAGUUUCGGAGAGUGCUGGAGAAUCGGUACAUUGUUUGAAAUCUUGGAUGAGUUGCCAGACUUGGGUCUGCCCAUUACCAGCAUAGGUCUGAAGGCUGGUACUGGCAUUACAGAAGUGCUUUGAUCUUACCAGCCUUCCUUUCCCUUCCUCUCCCAACCGUUUUCAAGAAUCUCCUGUUUUUCCAAGAUAAAGAAGGGAAAGAAAGCAUUUGAAUUUCGCAGGUGACUUUGCAGAAAAGGAUAGAAUUCUGUGGAUUGGUAAUACAAAUAUGAGUUCUAUUUCUGGGGUUAUUUCAAGACAAGUCUUGCCAGCAUGUGGCAGUCUUUGUUUCUUUUGUCCCGCAUUGCGCUCCAGGUCUAGGCAGCCUGUGAAGAGGUACAAGAAGUUGAUAUCAGAUAUUUUCCCCCGGUCCCAGGAAGAAGAACCGAAUGACAGGAAGAUUGGAAAACUAUGUGAAUACGCCGCAAAAAAUCCUAUGCGGAUUCCAAAGAUUGCGACCUCUCUUGAGCAAAGAUGCUAUAAGGAAUUAAGGAAUGAAAACUUUCGAUCAGUGAAAAUUGUAAUGUGUAUUUACAGGAAAAUGUUAUCAUCUUGCAAGGAGCAAAUGCCAUUGUUUGCAAAUAGUGUAAUGACCAUCAUACAGACGUUGCUAGAUCAAGCAAACCAAGAUGAAAUGUUAAUUAUUGGAUGUGAAUCACUUUUUGAUUUUGUAAAUAAUCAGAAUGACGCAACUUACAUGUUUAACCUAGAAGGAUUUAUUACAAAACUAUGCCAACUGGCGCAAGAAGUGGGAGAAGAUGAGAGAGCAGAACACUUAAGGGCAGCUGGGCUGCAAGCUCUAUCUGCUAUGGUUUGGUUCAUGGGGGAAAAUUCCCAUAUCUCAGUUGAAUUUGAUAAUAUUGUUUCAGUUGUCUUGGAAAACUAUGGAGGUCAAAGGAAUAAAACGGAGGGGCCUGUCUCUCCUUCAGCAGAUCUUGCAAUAAAGGUUCCUUCUUGGAGAAUGAUUGUAAAUGAUAAAGGACAACUCAAUGUGGCAGCUGAAGACUCGAAGAACCCAUGCUUUUGGUCAAGGGUUUGCCUGCAUAACAUGGCUAAGCUAGGCAAAGAGGCUACAACCAUGCGUCGUGUUUUGGAAUCUUUGUUUCGUUACUUUGAUAAUGGAAAUCUAUGGCCCGCUAAAGAUGGGAUUGCUUUUCCUGUUCUGAAAGACAUGCAACUUUUGAUGGAUGAUUCUGGGCAGAAUACACACUUUUUGCUGUCAAUAUUAGUCAAGCAUCUUGAUCAUAAAAAUGUCCUUAAGCAACCUGACAUGCAACUUGACAUUGUUCAGGUUGUCACGGCCCUUGCUCGACUCGCAAAGAUCCAUCCUUCGGUAGCUAUAGUCAGUGCCGUAAGUGAUGUCAUGAGGCAUUUGCGUAAGGGCAUACAUUGUUCACUUGAUGACUCAAAUCUUGGAGAGGACUUAAUUAAAUGGAAUAGAAAAUAUCAUGAAGCAGUGGAUGAAUGUCUCGUUGAGUUGUCAUCAAAGGUUGGAGAUGCAGGAAUGAUUCUUGAUGUAAUGGCUACCAUGUUAGAGAACAUCCCAAGCAUUACUGUUAUUGCUAGAACUACUAUUUCUACUGUUUAUCGCACUGCUCAGAUUAUAGCUUCUUUGCCGAAAUUAUCAUACCAAAACAAGGCUUUUCCAGAGGCUUUGUUUCAUCAGUUACUUCCGGCUAUGCUCCAUCCGGAUCUUGAAACACGAAUUGGAGCUCAUCAGAUCUUCUCUGUAGUCCUUGUGCCAUCUUCCGUGUCCCCUCACGUAGCUUCAACUGUAUCUGACUCAAACAAGAACGCUGGUGUUCCACGAACACUGUCAAGAAGUGUUUCUGUGUUUUCUUCCUCAGCUGCCCUGUUUGACAAGCUAAGAAACCAAAGGAAUAAUUCUAAGGGAAAUCUCUAUGAACUGAACAAAGAAAAGGCUCCCUCUGACACUGAACAGAGACAAAAUGCCAGUGGUGUAGACCAAAUGAAGCCAAGUCAUACUCGAGCAUAUAGCUUCAGAAGUUUACCGGAACCCGAAUCUGAUCCAGUGACCAAGUCGAGUAAAGAAGAAAUUGUUCCACUUAGACUGAGCAGCCACCAAAUAUGCCUCCUUCUUUCAUCUAUUUGGGCACAAUCCAUGUCUCCUGCCAACAUGCCUGAAAAUUAUGUAGCUAUAGCUCACACUUACAGCUUGGUGUUGCUGUUCUCGCGAGCCAAGAACUCCUAUCGUGAUGCCCUUAUUCGAUGUUUCCAGCUCGCAUUUUCUUUAAGGAAUGUCUCUCUUUCUGCAGGAGGGACGCUGCCACCAUCACGUUGCAGAUCCCUAUUCGUAAUGUCAACUUCUAUGAUUAUUCUUUCAUCGAGGGCUUACAACAUUCUUCCUCUCAUCCCACAUGUGAAAGCAACGCUCACCAAUAAAGUGGUUGAUCCAUUUCUGAGUUUAGUAGAAGAUUCAAAGUUUCAGAUAAAUGAAACGGGAUCCGUACAUCAAACAAUCUCUUAUGGAUCCAAAGACGAUGACAGUUCGGCUUUGAGAUGUCUUUCAGAAUUAAAACUCAAUGAGGACCAGACAAUGGAAGCCCUCGUUUCUGUUAUUAUUAAAAAUAUGGAAAACUUAUCAGAUUCCGAAAAGUCCACCACAAGGGAGCAGUUGCUCAAGGAAUUUGUGCCAGAUGACUUGUGUUCUAUUAAAAGCCCACUGUUUGCUGAUAGGCUGGAAGACGGACAUAAAACAGACUCUCACGACAAUAAAUCUCUAGACAAGAAUACCUCGAUAUUCGGGAUAGAUGACGACCAUCUUUCAGAUUCAGUUGAAGGUAGCAAACACAAUUCACAAUCAAGCAUUGGAAAUCCCAGUCUCUUGAGCGUUGAUCAACUUCUACAGUCGGUUUUGGAGACAGCACAUCAUGUAGGCAGAAUGUCCGUGAGCCAUGCCCCUGAUGCGUCUUACAAGGAAACAGCAGAUCAUUGUGAGGCGCUCUUGAUGGGAAAGCAAAAGAAAAUGUCGUACUUGAUAAGCAACAAUCAAAGACAAGGGAAUUCCUUGGUGACAUCACCACAAAAUCCCGGUGAAGAGGACAAGCAGAUGGUGUUGCAUGAGGGCAGUUUCCAUAAGCAGGCCGGAAAUGUGUUCUUGGACCUGAACGUACCUGAACUUCCCAUGAGACCAUUCAACGGUCCAUCAGCACUUUGCGCUAUUGAACUCCAGCAUCACACCAACUCCUCCUUCAGGUUACCGGCAUCAAGUCCAUACGACAACUUCUUGAAAGCUGCUGGUUGCUGACACAAAAAACGGGCACCAUAUCUGGCCAUAAUACUGCAGCACUCACAGACGCAGGCAGAUGAGCAUGCUCAAAUUCGUCUACGGCACUAGCAGUAUAAGCUGCAUCCGUCUCUACCGCGUUCUUCAAUCAAAUUCAUUCAUUCUUUUUUUUUUUAAUUCCUUUGUUGUGCGAAUGUCAAAUAGUGAUGGCACCAGGGGGGAUGGAUGUUGAAGCUUUUCCUCCAGUAGGGGUGAAAUUUUUGUUUAUCAGGAUGAUACGAGGUGUUUGUAUUACUAGUUUAGGCAGACCGAUAUUUGGAUUUUAAGGCGAGGAAUUGUAUUUAUUAUCCCCUUUGUUUUUCAUUGUUGUUAGGAGGGGAAAUGUAUGUAAAGAGAUUAUACAGUGUUAAUGAGUGUUUGUGGCAAUGAGAUUAAGGGCCAAUGUAUAAAAUAUUUUAAGUAUUUAUCAACUUUUUUACAUA